AUGGCGCUCGCGGGCGGAAAGGGCGGCUGGCUGCAGCUGGGCGGCGGAGAGCAAGGCGCGCCCAGCGCGCCGCGCCCGCAAGCUGGGGUAGUGCCGCGCCGCGCGUGCACCGCAUGUACGCCCCGCGGCUCGCAUGCAGCCUGCUCGCUGCUCCUCGCUGCCCGCCACCCGCCCCCCGUUGCUCGCUGCACACCCCUGCGCUGCUCGCCCCACACUCCCCGCUCCCGCCCCCCGCUGCUUGCUGCGCGCACCGCGCACCGCGCACCGCGCAUCUCGCCCCGCGCACCGCGCAUCUCGCACCGCGCACCGCGCAUCUCGCACCACGCUGCCCGCCUCUCGUUCCUCGCCCCUCGCUGCCCGCCCCUCGUUCCUCGCCCCUCGCUGCCCGCCCCUCGCCCUCGCUGCCCGCCCCUCGCCCUCGCUGCUCGCCCCUCGCCCUCGCUGCUCGCUGCCCGUUCCUUGCCACCCGCCCCUCGCUGCUCGCUGCUCGCCCCUCGCCCUUUGUUCCCCGUUCCUCGCUGCUCGCCCUCGCCCUUCGUUCCUCGCCUCACGCCCCUCGCCCUCGCCCUCGCUCCUCGACCUUGGUUCCUCGCUGCUCGCUGCUCGCCCCUCGCCCCCCGCCCUUCGUUCCUCGCCACACGCCCCUCGCUGCUCGCCCCUCGCCCUCGCCCUCGCUCCUCGACCUUGGUUCCUCGCUGCUCGCUGCGCGCCCCUCGCCCCUCGCCCUUCGUUCCUCGCCACACGCCCCUCGCUGCUCGCCCCUCGCCCUCGCUGCUCGCCCCUCGCCCCUCGCUGCUCCCCCUCGCCCCUCGCUGCUCGCUGCUCGCCCCUCGCCCUUCGUUCCUCGCUGCUCGCUGCUCGCUGCUCGCCCUUCGUUCCUCGCCCCUCGCCCUCGCUGCUCGCCCCUCGCCCUCGCUGCUCGCUGCCCGUUCCUUGCCACCCGCCCCUCGCUGCUCGCUGCUCGCCCCUCGCCCUUUGUUCCCCGUUCCUCGCUGCUCGUUCCUCGCUGCUCGCUGCUCGUUCCUCGCUGCUCGCUGCUCGCCCUCGCCCUUCGUUCCUCGCCUCACGCCCCUCGCCCUCGCCCUCGCUCCUCGACCUUGGUUCCUCGCUGCUCGCUGCUCGCCCCUCGCCCCCCGCCCUUCGUUCCUCGCCACACGCCCCUCGCUGCUCGCCCCUCGCCCUCGCUGCCCGCCCCUCGCCCUCGCUGCUCGCCCCUCGCCCUCGCUGCUCGCUGCCCGUUCCUUGCCACCCGCCCCUCGCUGCUCGCUGCUCGCCCCUCGCCCUUUGUUCCCCGUUCCUCGCUGCUCGUUCCUCGCUGCUCGCUGCUCGUUCCUCGCUGCUCGCUGCUCGCCCUCGCCCUUCGUUCCUCGCCUCACGCCCCUCGCCCUCGCCCUCGCUCCUCGACCUUGGUUCCUCGCUGCUCGCUGCUCGCCCCUCGCCCCUCGCCCUUCGUUCCUCGCCACACGCCCCUCGCUGCUCGCCCCUCGCCCUUCGUUCCUCGCUGCUCGCUGCUCGCUGCUCGCCCUUCGUUCCUCGCCCCUCGCCCUCGCUGCUCGCCCCUCCCCCUCGCUGCUCGCUGCUCGCCCCUCGCUGCUCGCCCCUCGCCCCUCGCCCUUCGUUCCUCGCCACACGCCCCUCGCUGCUCGCCCUUUGUUCCUCGUUCCUCGCUGCUCGCCCUUCGUUCCUCGCCCCUCGCCCCUCGCCCCCCGCUCCUCGCUGUUCGCUGUUCGCUAUUCGCUGUCUGCUGCUCGCUACUCGCUGCUUGCUGUUUGCUGUUUGCUGCUCCAUGUUCGCUACCUGUGUACCCUACAUUGUUAG